AUGCUGGUGGCAGUGCUGCUCCUCUUCUUGUGCUGCCUGAGUCCUGCCGCUGCUGGGAAGCUGCUGGUGAUCCCUAUGGAGGGCAGCCACUGGCUCAGUAUGAAGCAAGUGCUGGCUGAGCUAAACAAGAAAGGGCAUGAAAUAGUUGUUAUUGUACCAGAGAGCAAAAUGCUGAUUGAUUCCUCGGGGACAUAUGAAAUGAGAAGUUAUCCUGUACCUUUCAAAAAGGAAGAGAUGGAAGAAAUUUUGCACUCCCUUGGUGAAAACACUUUUAGCAACGACUCUUUCCCGACCAGGUUUAUGAAUACUUGGAAUAACUUCCAACAGAGCUCUGCCAUAUUUCAAGCUUCAUGCAGGGCCUUACUGUAUAACAAAGAGAUGAUGAAAUACAUUGAAGAAAGUAAAUUUGAUAUCGUCUUUACAGAUCCUCUGACACCCUGUGGACAGAUAAUUGCCUUGAAAUUUUCUAUCCCUUCUGUUUUCUUCUUGCGGGGCAUGCCAUGCGCUAUGGACUUGCACGCUGCUCAGGCGCCAGACCCACCGUCCUAUGUCCCACGCAUAUUCUCAGCCAAUACAGACCACAUGACAUUCUCUCAGAGAGUGAAGAACUUCCUGAUAACCCUUUCAGAGUCUUUCACCUGCAGUAUGAUCUUCUCAGGAUUCGAAACCCUGGCCUCAGACUUCCUCCAAAAGCCAAUGACAAUUACGCAGCUUUUAAGCCAUGGAUCCAUUUGGCUGAAAAGACUUGACUUUGUCUUCGACUAUCCUAUGCCUAUAAUGCCCAAUAUGAUUUUUAUUGGAGGCAUAAACUGUGGCCAGAAGAAACCAUUAUCUCAGGAAUUCGAAGCUAUUGUGAAUGCCUCUGGAGAACAUGGCAUUAUUGUCUUUUCCCUGGGCUCCAUGGUCUCUGAGAUCCCUAUAAAGAAAGCCAAAGAAAUUGCAGAUGCCUUGGGAACAGUCCCUCAGACGGUUUUGUGGCGAUACACAGGAAAGGUGCCCCCCAACAUGCCCAAGAACAUAAAGCUCGUCAAAUGGCUGCCCCAGAAUGACCUUCUAGCUCACCCUAAGGCUCGUGCCUUUAUUACCCAUGGAGGCUCCCAUGGCAUUUACGAGGGCAUAUGCAACGCAGUGCCAAUGGUACUGAUGCCUUUAUUUGGAGACCAGAUGGACAACGCCAAGCGAAUAGAGUCACGGGGAGCAGGACUGACACUGAAUAUACUUGAAAUGACUACACAGGACAUAUCCACUGCCCUGAAAGCAGUUAUUAAUGACAAAAAGUACAAAGAGAACAUCAAGCGCCUCUCAGACCUUCACCUCGACAGGCCCAUCCACCCCAUGGACCUGGCUGUGCACUGGGUAGAGUUUGUAAUGAGACACAAAGGAGCCCCGCACCUCCGACCUGCUGCUCAUGACCUGAACUGGAUCCAGUACCACUCUCUGGACGUCAUCGCCUUCCUCAUGGCCGUGGUCCUCCUCUUCCUCUUCAUUUCUCUGAAGUGCUGCCUGUUCUGCUGCCGCAGGUGCUGCUGUAAGAAGGGAAGGACAAGAAAGCCAACCAAAUCCAAGUCCCACUGACAGGUGAAACCAAUGGUAGGAGAUAAACUUCUGCUCCAGACCAGAUGAUCAGAGACCAUCCCAAAUUUCACUGAUUGCUGACUUUCAGUCAAGAAAUAAUAGUUCCUUUAAACCAGCACCAUGGGAGGAGUUGUUUCACUGAUAUAAUUGUUGCCUUUAAUUAAGAAUUGGUUGUUAAAAUUACUUUGUAUAGGAGUGUUUCAGUCACCUGGGAAGAUACCAGUGUUAAGCUCCUGGCUUCCACAU